UUAGUUCAGUAGGUAUAUGAAGUUUGAUUUUAAUAAAAAAAAGUCAAACGUAUGCAAAUUUCCGAAAAUAAUAAUUAGAGAUUUUUUAUAUUCUAGUUCAAAAUGCAGGCCCCAACACAACAUCCUUUGAUAGAGGUGACACUAGAAGAAAUGGAAAGAGUUCGAAAACAUCUUAAUUUAGACAGGGCCAAAAUAAGUAAGGACUUGGAUAUAAUUGAAGAAUGGGUCAAGAAAGAAGAACAUUUAGCAAAGGCUGCUGAGUAUUUAGAUUUAAAUUAUAUUGAACGAUUGUAUAUCAUUGAGAAGGGAUCAGUGGAGAGAACUAAAUCGAGAAUUGAUAGAUUACUAACAACCAGAGGGAUGAUUGCUGAGAUAAGUCUAAAUAAAUCUAUUGAUGAAUUUGAUGAAUUUUCACAAAACGUGAUUUACGUACCAUUACCAAAACUCAACCCUUCCGAUUUAUCGAGAGUUACUGUUGUACAGUUAAUAAAUGAAAAAGGAAACAAUACCAAAUUUUUACACUAUUUAAGAUAUGUUUUUCUAAUCGUCGACUACUGCAUGAAAAUUGAUUACACCUUAGGAGAGAGAUAUAUAAUUGACCUUAACCAAGUAAAUAUGACAGGUAUAUCACAGAUUAACCCAUUCGUGUUGAAAAAAGGAGAAGUUUUAUGUACGGAAGGUUAUGGAUUCAGAAUAAAAGGGGUUCAUAUUAUCAACGCGCCAUAUUUUGUUGACAAGUUAGUAAUGAUACUGAAAAGUACAGUGAAAGAAAAGAUUUCUAAAAGAAUCCAUGUUCACAACACUUUUGAGGAUCUUCAAAAGGAAAUCUCAAAAGAAGUACUGCCAGAAGAAUAUGACGGAGAUUUGGAGAACUGUUCUGUAUUAUACGAUAAAUGGAAGAAAACUCUCAAGUCAGAAGAAUCAAGAAACGUAAUCGACAACGCUAACAAGCUGGCAGCAGAAGAGUCAAAGCGGAGUAGUUACAGUUUUAAUGCGGAAUAUUUAGGGAUGCCGGGAUCUUUUAGUCAGUUAGUCGUAGAUUAGUGCUGAGUUUCUUUAACUGCUGAGUUUCUUGCCGGCUCUUCUCAGCAGAGAAUGCUUUUCGAACCGGUAGUAGAGUCUCUACAAAUAAAUAAACUUGGCGUUCUAAAAGUCCUUGUUAACAACUUAUAAUAAAUGUAUUUUUCACUACUCUUGCUCAAAAACACUGUCAUAAUAUUACCACUCCCCAGCAGGGCUAAAGAAGCAUUUCAGCCUCUAGGGGCUAAAGUAAUUUUGCUUUUUUUAAUUUUUGUCAGUUACGAGUACUAGCCUAUACUAUAAGGCAAAAAAAUAUUCAUACUAAAAUUUAUUUCUUUUGUACAAGAAGCUUUGAAUGCUAUGAUUAUUUUUCAUUCAAUAAGAUGACCCGAUUAAAAAAAAUUGUCCUGUAUAAAAAUGUAUGUAGCUGAAGUGUACCAUCAUUUUAAAAAUUUGUGCACAUAACAAGGUGUAAAACUGUAAAUUGGUAUAAAACUUGUGUUUACUUUUUGUAUUUACAAAGUUGGUUAUUGU